ACUGUUCGAUUUUGAAAUUUGAAGUAUUAACUUUUUUGUUUAUUCUUUUUGAAGCCCCAAACACGUAGUUUGAGAGAAGAGAGGGACGAUAGCGAUGAAGAAGCUGGCGAGAAAUUGGAGAAAAUCUCGAGACGAGAAUUCAUCUCUACCAACUUGGGAAGAUCCGUCGCUUGAUGAUUCUCGUCCCAUGGACACCCAAGAGCAAGAGGAAUUGGUUCGAUCUCUUGAAAGAACGCAAGCUCAACAAUCACUUUUAUGGAGGAGAGUGUUUGCUGGACUUCUCUUCUGCUACGCUGCGUUUCAAGUGUACUCAAUCUACCAGCAAGCAACUUCUCCAUGGGAAUUGAGGUAUCAUGCUUACUUCAUGGAGGAUAUGAGUUCUUGGAUGGUUAUAUCUGCAGAUUGGGUAGCUGUUUUAGCAUGCUCAAUGGCCAUCAUGGGGCUGCUGCAUAAUUCAAAGCAAUACCGGCCGUUGAUUUGGUAUUCAUGCUUUGCUGGGCUUGCGUUGGCAGUUUUCUGGUUAUAUUACAUGCUCAGGAUGUCAAGAUUUCGAUGGGAUGUUCUCUGGCUUCCGUUUGGACCUCUUAGUGGAGCUGGCCUUUCCCUUUAUGUUGACCAUUUACUUAUCGAGUCAUCAGAAGAAGUUCGCAAACUUAGAGGCUACAUGUAUGCUUUUAAGGCCAGCUAACUUUCUGUUUGACCUAAAUCUUCGUUCCUGGUUGGCUCGUCACUAUCUCACAGAGUGAUUUUCAAGCAGUGGCAGGACGCAAAAAGGAGAUUGCUUGGAUCACUGAUUUAAGGAAAAAGCAUCACAGAACGAAACAGCUCAAAUGUGCUCUGCACAAACAGAUGACCCGGGCAUGAAGUUGCCACGUGCUGAUCAGAUGCACUUGGUGCUUUCUCUUUGUACCUCCAUUAGUAAAUUACUACAAGUUAUUGCUGGCACUCAAGUCUAAGCUUUUUCUCUCUGUUUUUGCUACAUCAAAAUUGGUAAUCUUUCAUAUGGUAAUAUCUAUUCUCUA